AUGGCGGAAAAAUUGGGAGGCGAACGUCUUAUAGAAGAAUUAUGCAAUGGGUUCGAAACGCUAAUGGAUCCCGUAAAAUGUGUCAUCACAUUCGACAGCCUGAAGAUGAACGCGACGAUUUUGGGACUAGAAGAAGAUGUUACGGAUGAUGAUUUGUUGUUAAGUAGUAUGUUGAAAGAAGGUGAUUUGGAUGGUGAUGGGGUUUUGAAUCAAAUGGAGUUUUGUGUUCUUAUGUUUAGAUUAAGCCCUGAUUUGAUGAAACAAUCAUGGUGUUUGUUACAUCAAGCUUUUCAGCUUGAUUUUAAAAACCUCUGA